AUGAACAAUUGGAUUGAAGAGGAUAGCGAAUCUGACGAUUUUAACGACGAACAAAGUGGUUCAGAAACAGAAAAUGAUGAAAGUCAAACAUCAGACGCUGAUGAUGAAAUUGAUUUAGAAGAUCUUAAAUUAACCGAAGAUUCUACACGAAAAAGCUCAUAUACUUCCAAGUCCGGGAUGAUCUGGUCUUCAAUUCCGUCUACUUCGUCAAAAAUAAAAUCUUUCAGUGAUAAUAUCGAAAAAUCUGGACCAACCAAGUCUACUGAAAAUAUUGCAUCUAUUGAAGACGCAUUCAUUUGUCUUAUAUCGGAAAAAAUCAUGCAGAAAAUUUUGAUUUAUUCAAAUAUGGAAUAUGAUCGAAACACCGGAUUAGAUGAAAAAGAAGAAAUAACAAUGAUGGAAUUGAAAGCUUUCAUUGGACUAUUAUUGCUUGCUGGUUUAUUAGGAAGAUCAAAAGGAAAUUUACGAUCCUUAUGGAGAACAAGUCCUUUGGAAUGUCCAAUAUUCAAAGCUACUAUUUCAAAAAGCCGUUUUGACAAAAUUAUGUCGUGUCUAAGAUUUGAUGAUAAAAGAACAAGAGAAGAGAGAAAACAAGCAGAUAAAUUUGCAGCGAUUCGUGAAAUUUGGUCAGAUUUUCAAGGUAAAUUAAAAACAUGUUAUACACCAGGACUUGAUCUUACCAUCGACAAACAAUUAUUAGGUUUUCGGGAAAAAUGUCCAUUUCCUCAAUUUAUUCCUAAGAAGCCUGACAAAUACGGAUUAAAGUUCUGGCUAUGUGUUGAUGCAGAGUCGUAUUGUGUAUUGAAUGCUUUUCCUUACAUUGGACGACAACCAGGUCAAGAAAAACAAAAACACAU